AUGUCGGGCGUCGCUGGCUCAACGCUCUUCACCGAGCUCUUCGACUUCAAGCGAAACAAAGCUGCCGAAUCCAAAUCAUAUCUCCGCCAGCCACCUGCAUUGAUCAAUGACGGAACAGAGGGAAGCUUCAAUAUUGGCCGCGGAUUAGUGGCAAAGGCAUCUAAUGAGCCGCGCCUUCGAUGUACCGAGUUUGACAGCACCGGAAAUGUUACUCUUGUAAAUGGCGAAUUCAAGAAGAGUGAGCUGAUUGCCAAGUAUGGUCUCCUACCUCGGGACUUGCGAAAAAUCGACUCGUCUACACUGCCUCAUAUCCUAGUGCGACCGCGUGCCAUUCUUAUCAACCUCCUACACCUUCGAGUCUUGAUCAAGGCUGACCGCGUUCUCGUUUUCGAUGCGUACGGAUCCACGGACUCAUACAUGCAAUCGCUAUUUGUGUAUGAUCUCGAAGGAAAGCUACAACAGAAACAAGGACAGACUACGGGUGCAUUGCCUUACGAAUUCCGAGCGCUGGAAGCGGUCUUGAUCAGUGUCACAAGUGGUCUGGAGGAGGAAUUCAAUGGUGUUAGAGAUCCGGUCGUGAGCGUGCUUAGAGCUCUGGAAGAGGACAUCGACCGCGACAAGCUCCGACAUCUGCUUAUUUACUCCAAGAAGCUCGGCACGUUCGAACAAAAGGCUCGCCUCGUGCGUGAUGCGAUCGACGACCUGCUGGAGGCAGACGACGACUUGGCCGCAAUGUAUCUUACUGAGAACUCGCAGGGUGUCCGACGCGAGGAACACGAACAUCAAGAAGUCGAGAUGCUACUGGAGUCGUACCACAAAGUUUGCGACGAAAUUGUGCAGGCCAGCGGUAACUUGGUGACCGGAAUUCGCAAUACCGAGGAAGUCGUUAAAGCAAUCCUGGACGCCAAUCGCAACUCCCUCAUGCUUCUCGACCUCAAAUUCAGCAUUGGAACUCUCGGACUCGCAACCGGAACCCUGUUCUCCGCACUUUACGGCAUGAACUUGAAGAACUUCAUCGAAGAAUCAGACUUGGGAUUUGGCGCUGUGUCCGUCACAUGCUUUGCCAUCACAAUCGUUGUUUGUGCUUAUGGGCUCGCCAAACUGCGCAAGCUUCAGCGUGUCCGCAUGUGGGGCGAAUCUGGCGUCGGCGGCGCAUCCAUGGUCUCCCUGCCUACCAGAGGUGGUGCACUAGCCAGCCACCGGCCAAAUUGGCGCGCGGAUACCGUUGAGCCUGUUUGGGGUAGUCUUCCCGGUGAAGGGCGUGUGGAGAGGAUCAAGCGUAUUAAAGACAAUGCAGCUGCAGCUGCAGCCCGAUCUGCGACCUUGAAGGCUGCUAAUGUGCCCCCAACGUCGUCUGGAGACGCUACCAAGCAGUCAGAAAGUUCUUAA